CGGGUCCAGGAACAGCGCCUUGGCCUUGGGAGGGGCAUUGGCGCUUCUUCCUACGCCAACACCAAACUAGGCGAUGACAUCGAUGAUCAAGGUGACAUGGAUCGGAUGAGCAGUGGCAAAGACUGGCCCAACCGUAUGUUUCUCCCUGCAUGUUUCGGGUUUCAUGGUUUAGCUUUUUUCUUUCCCUCGCCUUCGCCACUUGUUCCCCAGACGCCAGGGUUCAUGCAGCAUGCGGGUAGCACGCGUCAAUGCACCUCAGACAAGCUCAUCGAGGCAAAAAGUAUUAAGAAUGAAUGGUCAAUGGUUUGUGAGAUGCCGCCGGCUCAGCCGCCAUGUCAGAGACAACACCGACUACUCGUGCGAGUAUAUGUGACAAGGUCGCCAUUUUUAACUCAUGUCUCUCUUCAACCCAGCCUCUCUUCCCAGUUUUUUCAAUUGACUAGGUAG